GCGGCGGUCGGGCCAAACAUGGGCAGGUUUUCAGUCCGAGUCUGCCGGGACGAACAGCAGCUGGACAGGAAGUGGUGCAGAGAAACAACUACAUUAAAGGGACGAUGGUCAGAGUGCCUUCUCUCUCCGCUUCCCUACAGUGCCAACAGAGUCCAACACAGAGUCCACAACACAGAGUCCACAACACAGAGUCCAACACAGAGUCCAACACAGAGUCCAACACAGAGUCCACAACACAGAGUCCAACACAGAGUCCAACACAGAGUCCACAACACAGAGUCCAACACAGAGUCCACAACACAGAGUCCACAACACAGAGUCCAACACAGAGUCUACAACACAGAGUCCAACACAGAGUCCAACACAGAGUCCACAACACAGAGUCCAACACAGAGUCCACAACACAGAGUCCACAACACAGAGUCCAACACAGAGUCCAACACAGAGUCCACAACACAGAGUCCAACACAGAGUCCAACACAGAGUCCACAACACAGAGUCCAACACAGAGUCCACAACACAGAGUCCAACACAGAGUCCACAACACAGAGUCCACAACACAGAGUCCAACACAGAGUCCACAACACAGAGUCCACAACACAGAGUCCAACACAGAGUCCAACACAGAGUCCACAACACAGAGUCCAACACACAGAGUCUAACACAGAGUCCAACACAGAGUCCAACACACAGAGUCCACAACACAGAGUCCACAACACAGAGUCCAACACAGAGUCCACAACACAGAGUCCAACACAGAGUCCAACACAGAGUCCACAACACAGAGUCCAACACAGAGUCCAACACAGAGUCCACAACACAGAGUCCAACACAGAGUCCACAACACAGAGUCCACAACACAGAGUCCAACACAGAGUCCACAACACAGAGUCCACAACACAGAGUCCAACACAGAGUCCAACACAGAGUCCACAACACAGAGUCCAACACAGAGUCCAACACAGAGUCCACAACACAGAGUCCAACACAGAGUCCAACACAGAGUCCACAACACAGAGUCCACAACUUUACAUUGUAUUGAACACACAGCAACACCGUGCAAUGCAUAAACUGGUGACCGGACUAAAGCAGUGUGUGUAGGAGACAUUAAAACGA